CCUUGGGCACUGGGCCCACCGACCGCACAGGACAAUCCGCCCUUGGCCUGACUCUAAGGCUUGUCUGCACCCCUGCGAUGGCGGCCAUCCUCUUGAAGGCCAGACCCAAGGUGCUGGUAUCAUUUGAAGACGUGUCUGUGUACUUCACCAAGACAGAAUGGAAGCUUCUGGACCUCCGACAAAGGAUCCUAUACAAGAGAGUGAUGCUGGAGAACUAUGGCCAUUUAGAGUCACUGGGCUUUUUGUCCUCCAAGCCUCACCUGGUCUCCUGGCUGGAACAAGGAGAGGGGCCCUGGGGAGCAGACAUGUGUGGAACACCGGCCGCCGCAGGGAUGCAGACAGACGACAGGAUCAAGACCAGGACGUCGAUUUCGAAGCCGAGACAUUGCUUAGAGGAACUCCCAAGGACCGACCUUCCAGCCGGUAAUAACAAGAGCCAGGGAGCCGGGCCACCGGGGGACACGCCGGGGCACAGAGGGAAAGCUGCUUAUUCUCCAGAGGCAGGCCGCAGCGGGGGUGACCGCCCCGGGGACGAAGGCCAGAGCGGCUGCCCGGGCGAGGGAGGAGAGGCGAGGCAGGGCAGUGGCCGGGGGGCCGGGCCGGGCCCGGUCCUCGGGCCGCGCUGCUCGGCCGCCGCAGAGAGGCGCUACCUGUGUCAGCAGUGCGGCAGGUCGUUCACGCGCAGCUCCAACCUCAUCAAGCACCGGGUGGUGCACAGCGGCGAGAAGCCGUACGCGUGCCCCGAGUGCGGGAAGCUCUUCGGGCGCAGCUUCGCGCUCCUGGAGCACCGGCGCAUCCACAGCGGCGAGAAGCCGUACGCGUGCCCCGAGUGCGGGAAGACGUUCACGCGCAGCUCGAACCUCAUCAAGCACCAGGUCAUCCACAGCGGCGAGAAGCCGUUCGCGUGCCCCGAGUGCGGGAAGCCCUUCCGGCGCCGCUUCGCGCUCCUGGAGCACCGGCGUGUGCACAGCGGCGAGCGGCCGUACGCGUGCCCCGAGUGCGGCAAGGCCUUCGGCCGGAGCUCCAACCUCAUCGAGCACCAGCGCACCCACGGCGGGGCCAAGCCCUACGCGUGCGGCCAGUGCCUGAAGGCCUUCAAGGGCGUCUCCCAGCUCAUCCACCACCAGCGCGUGCACAGCGGGGAGAAGCCGUUCGCGUGCAAGGAGUGCGGGAAGGCCUUCCGGGGCUGCUCGGGGCUCAGUCAGCACCAGCGCGUGCACAGCGGCGAGAAGCCCUAUGAGUGCAGCGAGUGCGGCCGGACGUUCGGCCGCCGGGCCAACCUCUUCAAGCACCAGGCCACUCACCGCCAGGAGAGGCCCCACGGGCGCCGAGACUGUGGGCGGGCGUUCCCGAGCGGCUUCGUGCUCCUGGAGCACCGGCGGGAGCACCGGCUGGCGCACGGCGGCGAGGGUGGCCCCGGCGCCCAGCGGCCCGGACACCAGCGCGUCCCGGAGGGCAAGGAGCCCUGUGCAGGCGGCCAGGGCGCCACGGGCGGCGAGUGUGGCAAAGCCUUCGAGGGCAGAUCGUGGCCGGGCCGUCCUCAGAAGACCCGUGGUGCAGGGAAGCCCUCGGAGAAGAGUGGCGGCAAAAAGGCGCUGGCGUCCUUGGCCCUCCGAAGAGCCCCGUCCGAGCGGCACCCCACGGCUCGGAGACUCCAGGGAGACCCGGGAUGUGCGGCCGCUCCCAGCGCGGUGUGA